ACAAGCCGCUUUACUCGGAAGCGUGCGUUACGCUGCGGAAGUGCGCAUGUCCUAAAUAAGUCGUUCCUAAGAAAACGUCAAACGAACCUCACAGGACUCAAAAUGGAGACCCAGCAAGAUGUGCAGCCACCAAGGCAGCAGCCUAUGUUUUAUAUAUGUGGAGAGUGUCACACCGAAAACGAAAUCAAAGCUCGCGAUCCGAUUCGGUGUCGAGACUGCGGCUACAGGAUCAUGUACAAGAAGAGGACAAAUAGAUUGGUUGUUUUUGAUGCUCGCUGAAGCGGAUUGCUGUUGUUGUUUUCUUCUUUUUGUUGUUGUUUGUUUCUUAACAUGUGAAUAAAUGUGGCCAAUCAUUGAUUGGCACACUGAAAAAAUCA